AUGCCCCCUCCUAACCAUUCCGAACGCAUCGAAUCCCUGGAGGACCAGGUUCGUUCAUUACUCGCAGCCCUCGAAGCUCGCAGCGCUCCAGCUCCCUCACCCAGCGAAAAUGCUUCUGUCCAGCAAGGUUUUCGCACCAAUGAACCAGAGGUUUUCAUGGGUGAGCGAGGGCACCUCGAGCCGUUUCUAGCUCAGGUUGAUGUGUUUCUGCGACUCAACCCAGGGCGCUUCAUCAACGACUCCGACCAGAUCCUCUGGUUAUCCACACUCCUGCGUGGAGUUGCGCACCAGUGGUUCUACCCCCACCUUAGCGCUGUCAACCCUCCCGCCUGGCUCACAGACUACCCCUUAUUCAUCAACCAACUACGCGUGGUCUUUGGGGACCCAGAUCGUAUUGCCACUGCCAAGCGGGAGAUCGAGGCUCUAUCCCAGACCACCUCUGUAGCCAACUACCUCACCCAAUUCCGCCAGUUGCAAAUGACCCUCAAUUGGGGUGAAGACACCAUGGCUUGGUUCUUUUAUCGAGGACUCAAGGAGAACGUCAAGGAUGACCUUAGUCGCUCUGGCAAACCAACCGAUCUGGAAACCCUCAUCCAGAGAUCCCUUGAGAUCGAUAACCGUAUUGCCGAGCGGAUCUCCGAGAAGAGGAGGACGAUCACCCGGUUGGCAAACCCUACACCCAUGCCUGUCUCCAACCCUCCCAUUGCUCCAACAGCCGUCUACCCCUCCUCUCCUUCCACCCUUCGCGUCCCCCUUACCACAGCUGGAAAGCUGGACCCGGACGAAUACAAGCGGCGCCAAGCAAACAACUUGUGCAUCUACUCCGCCUUAGCAGCACAAGCCCAAACCGCUAAGCACCGACUGACAGCACUCGCUCCUGUAGAUUCACAACCCUCUGGUAAUCAGUAUCUAUCUACAUCCCUUUGCUUCCUGUCACGUCCUUCUUUUCCGGUGCACAAUGUCAUGAUCGACUCCGGCGCCACCACCAACUUCAUAGACUCGCGCUUCGUCACCCUCCACUCCCUGCCUCUGACCUCGAAGCCGCUCACCGAGACUCUCUUGCUUGCAGACGGCAAAACCCAAGUCAUCAUCAGCAAGGAAGUACAGCUGUCAUGCCUCGUUGCAGAGCUCUUCCCAUCCGACAUCACCUUCCAAGUCUCUGAUCUUGGUCCAUGUCCCAUCAUCCUGGGGCUACCAUGGUUAAAAGGAGCCAAUCCUAAUAUAGAUUGGCAAUCCGGCGACAUCACCAUGCGAAGCCCUCCUCUAACCCCUUCACCAAUGGCUCCAUCUCAGCCGUCACCCGCUCUGCCAUCUGCAUCACUUGAUAUCGAUGUUAUCGAUGCUAUUGCCUUUGACAAGUCCCUCCAGUCGGACUGUAUCACCUCGGGUACUCUCUACCCCUCCCCCAUCCAAUCACAGUACUUACUCGCCACCACCACAACAUCCUCGGAUACCACCAUGGCUCUCGCUUACGAUGCUGGUCUUCCUGAUAUCAUCCCCCCGGAAUACCACCAGUAUCUCGAUGUGUUCAGCAGAGUCAAAGCUGACAAACUUCCGCCUCAUCGCACAUACGAUCAUCAGAUUCCACUGGAGGAAGGCAAAUCUCCACCCUUCGGACCCAUCUAUAGUCUCUCAGAACAUGAGCUUAAGACCCUCCGGGGGUACCUGGAAGAGAAUCUUGCCAAAGGAUUCAUAUCUCCAUCCGACUCGCCAGCAGCUUCCCCCAUCCUCUUUGUUAAAAAGAAGGAUGGUUCCCUCCGCCUCUGUGUAGACUAUCGAGGUCUCAACCGGAUCACCAUUCGUAACCGUUACCCACUACCCCUCAUCGAUGAAUUACUUGACCGACUCCGCAAAGCCCGGUUCUUCACCCGUAUAGAUCUGCGUGGCGCGUACAACCUCCUUCGCAUUGCCAAGGGGGACAAAUGGAAGACAGCCUUCCGUACUCGAUAUGGCCUCUUUCAGUACAACGUCAUGCCCUUCGGCCUCACCAAUGCUCCUGCCUCCUUCCAACACCUGAUGAAUGACACAUUCAAGGAUAUGUUAGACAGGUCCCUUAUCAUCUACCUCGAUGACCUGUUGAUAUACUCCCCCACCCUUGAACAGCAUCAAAGACAUGUCUCUGCUGUCCUGGCACGCCUCCGCCAAGCGGGCCUGUAUGCAAAAGCAGAGAAGUGCCAGUUCUCCACUUCGCAGACCGAGUUCCUAGGGUUUGUGGUCUCGGAUCAAGGUGUCUCCAUGGAUCCUAGUAAGACAGAGGUCAUCACCAACUGGCCUGUACCCAAGUCAGUGCAUGAUGUACAGGUGUUCUUAGGUUUCUGUAACUUCUACAGGAAGUUCAUCCCCCAGUACUCUCGAACCGCAUACCCUCUCACACAGUUGUUGCGUAAGGAGGCCCAGAGUGCUCCUUUCGCCUGGCACAAUGACGCCCAACACGCCUUUGAGCAGCUUCGCUCGGCCUUCGGCACUGACACCAUCUUGCGUCACUUUGACCCCACACGGCCCAUCAUUGUUGAAACUGAUGCAUCAGACUUUGCAGUUGCUGCAGUCCUUUCACAGUCAUUCGAUCAAGGCACUAGGCACCCCAUUGCAUUCUUUUCAAAGAAGCUUGAUCCGGCACAACUCAAUUACCCCAUCUUUGAUAAAGAGAUGUUUGCCAUUGUCGCGGCCUUCAAACACUGGCGCCAGUACCUUGAGGGUGCCAAGUUUCCGGUGCAGGUCCUCACCGAUCAUCGCAGUCUUGAGUACUUCACUACUACCAAGCAACUCAACCGUAGACAAGCUCGUUGGUCAGAACUCCUUUCCGAUUUUGACUUUGUCAUCCAAUACCGCCCUGGUGCACAGGCUGGUCUGCCAGAUGCCCUCACUCGUCGUUCCGACAUGCGACCCAUGGACAAGGGCCCAUCACUGAUGCAGGAGCACAACCCAAACAACUUUCAAGCCCUCCUCAAACCUCAUCAACUCCGACUUGCUGCUACUGGCAUCCUCACAGUAAAGUCGGACAUUACUGACAAAAUCCGUGAUGCCCUUUCCGGCGACUCCUGGACCUCAGCGCUCCUGGAGCAAGCCCACCUUGGAUUACUGCCACUUGGUUUCGCAAUCAAUUCCAGGAACCUUCUCACCUACCGGGACUCAGUCUGCGUACCUGAUGUAGGUGACCUCCGACUCCUAAUUGUUCAAGACCGACACAACUCGCCUUCGGUUGGGCAUCCGGGUCGCAGAAAGACGCUUGCUCUUGUUCGCCGGUCCUUCUUCUGGCCGGGCAUGUCCAAAUUUGUCCACACCUUUGUUGAUUCCUGUGAGACAUGUCGGCGCAUCAAGGCUGCCCGGCACAGGCCUUACGGUCACCUCAAAUCCCUCCCAGUUCCCCCUCAUCCAUGGUCUUCCAUAUCCAUGGAUCUCAUCGAGCAACUGCCCCCAUCAUCUGGCUUCACUGCCAUCCUCGUUGUGGUUGACCGCCUCACAAAGAUGGCAACCUUUGUUCCGACUACCAACACAUUGGAUGCUCCCGAACUGGCCAAACUCUUCCUGCGCCAUGUAUACUCGAAGCAUGGUCUCCCCACCUCCAUCGUGUCGGACCGAGGUUCCGAGUUCACAUCCCACUUUUGGCGCUCCCUCUCUGCUCUCCUUGGCAUCGAAAACCACUUCUCCUCUGCUUAUCACCCCCAGUCGGAUGGACAGACCGAGCGUGUUAACCAGGUCCUUGAGCAGUACCUUCGCGGGUAUUCAAACCACCUACAGACCAAUUGGAGCGACCUCCUACCUUUGGCCGAAUUCUCCUACAACAAUGCUGAGCAUGCGUCAACUCAACUCACCCCGUUCUUCGCCAACUACGGGUACCAUCCUCGCUUCAGCUUUGAUAACACCGAUCCAGCCUCUUUGCCUCUUUUCCCUGCUGCCCGCUCGUACACAGAUCAGCUAAAGCAGCUCCAUGAGUAUGUUCGAGGGGAGUUGGAUAAAGCCAACAGCCGAUCGGCUGCACAGUUCGAUAAACACCGCCUUCCCUCCCCUCAGUUCCAGCCUGGCGACAGAGUUUGGCUGUCUGCCGAUAAUAUCCGCUCCCUUCGCCCCACCAAGAAGCUGGACUACCGCCGACUCGGACCCUUCUCCAUCAGCAAAGUCAUCUCCUCCCAUGCCUAUCGCCUCCAGCUUCCUCCAUCGAUGAAGAUCCAUAACGUGUUCCAUGUUGACCGCUUGGAACCCUAUGUCGCCAACACAAUCCCAAAUCGGGUCCAGCCACCGCCCCCCCCGGUCGAAAUCGAAAGCGAUAUUGAAUAUGAAGUUGAACAAAUCCUCGAUAGCAAGGUCGAUCAUCGCUACCGUGACCCACUCUUCUACCUUGUCCGCUGGGUCGGAUAUGGGCCUGACCACAACUCCUGGGAACCCGCCUCCAAUCUCACCCAUGCUGGCGACCUGAUUGCUGAAUUCCAUACAGCCAACCCAACCCGCCCAUCUCCUACUCAUUGCUAUACUCCUCCCCUGUCGUCGUUUCUUUUGGGGGGGGGGGAUACUGUCACGACUCAGUCAUGA